AUGUUUUCUUGGGGUGACAACAGGGCAGCAAACUCAACCUCCUUGGUGGCAGUGGCACAGUGUGAGCCGGGCCAGUAUCUCCAGGAAAAUAGAAACCAAACCAGACUCACUGAUUUCCUGCUCCUGGGCUUCUCUGAACACCCAGAGCAGCAGCCUCUCCUGUUCGGGCUCUUCCUGAGCCUGCACCUGGUAACCCUCUUUGGCAACCUGCUCAUCAUUCUGGCCAUUGGCUCUGACCAGCACCUCCACACCCCCAUGUACUUCUUCCUGGCCAACCUGUCCUUCAUUGAUGCCUGCUUCACCUGCACCAUCAUCCCCAAGGUGCUGGUGAACAUCCACACACAGCACCACACCAUCUCGCACACUGGGUGCCUUGUGCAGAUGUACUUCUUCAUGGCGUUGGCCCUGCUGGAUGACUUCCUGUUGGCCGUGAUGGCAUAUGACCGCUACGUGGCCAUCUGUCUUCCUCUACACUACACUGCAAUCAUGUCUCCUCAACGAUGCCUGCUGUUAGUGACCACAUGCUGGUUCUGCUCCAAUCUGCUGGCCUUUUCACUCGCUCUGCUGAUGGCUCAGUUCUCCUUCUGUGCCUCCCACACCAUCCCACACUUCUUCUGUGAUGUAACCCCACUCCUCAGGCUUACCUGUUCAGACACUCAUAGCUUUCAGCUGAUAAUGUUUGCUGAAGCUGCCCUCUCAGGUGUGGUCCCUCUCACCUGUGUUCUGGUCUCUUAUAGCUACAUCAUGCACACCAUCCUCAGGAUCCCCUCUGCUGGGGGGAAACACAAAUUGUUCUCCACCUGUGGCUCUCACUUGACAGUGGUCACUCUUUUCUAUGGAACAGUCUUUCUAGUGUAUUUCCAGCCAUCAUCAUCCUACUCAGCAGAUACUGGAAUGAUGGCAUCCAUUGUAUAUACAAUGGUCACCCCUGUGCUGAAUCCUUUUAUCUACAGCCUAAGGAACAGGGAUAUGAAAGGGGCUUUGUGGAGGCUCUUUGGCUUAGAAAAAUGCUAUACAUACUCAAUAAAGGAUACUUCCCCAGAGUAG